GAGAGCUGUCAGAACACUAACUACAGUUCAAAGGGCACACCCUCAGAGACUGGCUGGGAGAGAGACGGAGACAGAGGGGAUCCCGUGUGCAACACAACUUUGUAUUUCCACAGUUUCCACACUGACAGGAUCUCAUCUUCUGUAGUUGGACCAGUAUCAUCCAACGACAGGACCUAGAAAAUGGUGUUUGGCAUCCGGAAGCACAUCCAGGACCACCUGGUGGAGCGAAGAAUCCGCAGAAGCCGGCUGGUGACCAAAGAUGGCCACUGCAACAUUGAAUUCGGCAAUGUGAAGUACGGCAACCACUUUGCCUUCCUCGUGGACUUCUGGACGACCUUCGUAGAGUUCCGCUGGCGCUUUGUCCUCUUCUUCUUCAUCGCCUCAUUCACCCUGAGCUGGUUCAUUUUCAGCCUGCUGUGGUUCUGGGUCGCCCGGAACAACGGGGACCUGACAUGGCAGAACCCCCCAAGCAACCACACCCCCUGUAUGUGGAACGUCUACGGUCUGACUACGGCCUUCCUCUUCUCCCUGGAGACCCAGACCACCAUCGGGUAUGGUGUACGCGCUGUCACCCCCCAAUGUCCUGGUGCUGUAGCCCUCAUCAUUAUCCAGACUCUCAUAGGGGCCCUCAUACACUGCUUCAUGUGUGGAAUCAUCGUGUCCAAGAUAUCCCUCCCUAAGAAAAGGGCCAAGACCAUCUCAUUCAGUGAGAUGGCUGUCAUCUGUCCUAAGAAGGACUUCCUUUGCCUUAUGAUAAGAGUGGCCAACUUACGCAAGACCCUGAUGAUCGGGAGCCAGAUCUACGGCAAGCUGUUGAGGACAACAGUCAAACCCGAUGGGGAGACAAUCAUCAUGGACCAGGUGAACAUUGAGUUCAGGAUGGAUGCUGGGAAGGACAACCUCUUCUUUGUGUGCCCUCUCACACUUUACCAUGUGAUUGACAAGGCUAGCCCUUUUUUUGAGAUGGCAGUGGACACUCUCCGUAAGCAGGAGUUUGAGCUGGUGGUUUUUCUGGAGGGUACAGCCGAGACCACCAGCUCAGCCUGCCAGGUCAGGACUUCCUUCAUUCCUCAGGAGAUCAUGUGGGGUUACAACUUCCUACCCAUCAUCUCCCGCAGCAAAGAGGGCAAGUACAGAGUGGACUUCUCCAACUUCUCCAAGGUAGCGUCUGUUGCCACUGCACACUGUGCCUACUGCUUCCACAACAUAAUGGGACAUCACCUCCCCUCCAUUAAUGCCAUUGACAAUGUUGGAUUUGAAGUUAUUGAUAUCCUAGAAUAAUUUAAUAUAACCAAGAUGUGAACUUUUGGAUGGCAAUAUGUGAAGAUAUUUUUUUAUCUUGUAAUAUUUAUAUAUACAGUAGGGUUUGAAAUGAUUGACACCCUUUAUAAAGAUGACCAAUAUUGACUUUAAAAUAAUUCAUUCAAAUACUGAGCUAUAAUUUAUGCAAUUAUAUGAUUUUAUACUAAGGAAAUUGCUCAGAGAAAGAGAUUUUGUUUAACAAGUAAUAUAUUGGGGUCAAAACUAUUGACUUCCCUAAGAUUCUUAUUUAUAAAGUAGUCAAAAGUUUAGUAUUUGUUUCCAUAUUCCUAGCACGCAAUGACUACAUCAAGCUUGUGACUCUACAAACUUGUUGGAUGUAUUUGCAGUUUGUCUUGGUUGUGUUUCAGAUUAUUUUGAGCUCAACAGAAAUGAAUGGUAAAUAAUGCAUUGUGUCAUUCUGGAGUGAGUUUUAUUGCAAAUAAGAAUAUAAUAUGCUUCUAAACACUUCUACAUUAUUGUGAAUGGUACCAUGAUUAGAAAUAAUCCUGAAUAUAUCAUGAAGAAUGAUGAGAGAGAAAGUUACCCAGGGUCAAAGAUCAUACCCCUAGACAUGCUAACCUCUCACCAUUACCAUCUUGACCCUCUGACCCUCUACUUUGUUCAAUAUUAUAUGCUUUGCAGAGACGUGGCUGUAUGACUAUUUUCGUAGGACUCUGCUGUUUCUCCUUUCAGCGGCAUAGUCGGAUGAACGCAGCCUCUGGCAAGUCCAAAGGGAGAGGGGUGUCUCUCUUCAAAAUAAACAACUGGUCCUC